CUCAGCUACCUAACAUUUUGAGUAGAUCGGACAACCACUUUUCCUUGUGAAGAUGGAAAGCCCACCCCUCCUUCUCCAAGUCCGGUCCUUCCCCUAUAUUCAUCCAUCCUUCCAUCUUCUUGAUUUCCUAUCCCUAAAACCCUAACACCCUAAAAUUGUGGAUCAAUCAAAGAUGGAUAGGGAUAGGAAAGCCCACCUGGUCGCAAUUCCAUAUCCAGGAAGAGGCCACAUCAACCCCAUGAUGAACCUGUGUAAGCUUCUGGUGUCGAAAAGCCCCAGCAUCUAUGUCACUUUCGUCGUCACCGAGGAGUGGCUCGCUCUAGUCGGCUCUGACCCAAAGCCCGACACGAUCCGCUUCGCCUGCAUACCCAACGUCAUUCCUUCGGAGAGCAUCCGUGCCCUGGACUUCCCCGCAUUUAUUGAAGCCGUCUUGACUAAGAUGGAAGACCCGGUUGAGCGGCUCCUUGAUGCGCUUGAUAAGCCCGUGAUCGCCAUCAUUGCUGACACCUACUUGUUCUGGGCUGUCCGCGUCGCAAACAAGAGGGACAUCCCCAUCGCAUCGCUGUGGACCAUGUCGGCAUCAGUCUUCACUGUCUUCGACCAUUUUGAGCUCCUCCUUGUACACCGGCAUUUCCCUGCCGAUCUCUCAGAUCGGGGCGACGAGAUCGUUGAAUAUAUCCCAGGGCUUCCACCAACACGCUUGGCGGAUCUCACCACCUUCUUCGGUGUAAGAGGGAGGGUUACUUUACAGAGGGCAUUGGAUUGCUUCCCGUGGGUUCCCAAAACACAGUAUCUCCUCUUCACCAACUUCUACGAGCUUGAAUCCUCAGUCAUAGACGCCCUCAAGGCAAAAUUUUCCAUGCCCAUCUACACCGUCGGUCCCACAAUACCUUACUUUGAGCUUGAAUUAGACUGCUCCUCCUCCAUUUCCCUUGGGCUUGGUGCGGGUCCUCAUCAGCAUCAUCGCCCGUCGUACCUCCAGUGGCUUGAUUCCCAGCCCACAGCUUCUGUGCUGUACAUCUCCUUAGGCAGUUUUCUCUCUGUGUCUCGCGAGCAGAUGACCGAACUUGUCACCGGUGUCCGUGAAAGUGGAGUGAAGUUCUUAUGGGUGAGCCGAGACCUAGAGGAGAACUGGUUGUCGGAUUGGUUUAGGGGCAGCUGCGGAAUUGAUGAGGAGAAGGGAGUGAUUGUGCCCUGGUGCAACCAAUUGAUGGUAUUGAGUCAUCCUUCGGUCGGAGGGUUCUGGACGCACUGUGGGCUAAAUUCAACACUGGAAGCUAUAUAUGCUGGGGUUCCAAUAUUGGCUUUCCCAAUCUUUUGGGACCAAGUCCCAAAUAGCAAGCUCAUUGCUGAAGACUGGAAGAUUGGGUGGCGAGUGAAGAGACCAGUGGCAGUGGGAGAGGAGGAGCAGCAGCAAUUGGUGGUGUCUGGAGUGGAAAUCGCAGGGGUUAUUAGGAAGUUUAUGGAUUUGGAAAGUGAUGAGCAGAUGCAAUUAAGGAGAAGAGCCAUGGAACUCCAGGAAAUAUGUCGUCAAGCAAUCCAGCCCGGUGGAUCAUCUUACAGCAACAUUGAUGCUUUUGCCAGUGAGAUUUCAAAACUGGGGUGUUUCUUAGAUAGAUUUAUACACGUUAUCGACUGAGGACAAGACAAAUUGGUGGCCUGGUUGUUUUUCCCAGUGCCAUAUAUAACAUAUCUGCUGCAGGGAGUAUGAACUUGUACUGUUCUUUUCUCCUGCUUAUCAAACUUGGUGGUUUCCGUUCCGUUUCUGUUCAAGAGCUAUAUAUAUAUUAAUUAGGUAUUCAAUUCUUCUUGUGGAACUAAAAGUGUAUCUUUAUUCGGUAUUAGUUUUUCUUAUUUCAUUGUAGUA